UAUGUGUUUGAUAAAAUGCCUCAAUGGGGUUUGGUUUGGUUUCAUUUUUCACCACUACCAGUGAGCGUUGUGAUUACGGGGCUUGGUCCGGAUUUCACCAAGAUAGAAUCAUUCGGCAAAGUUGACGAGUUUGCUGAGACUUUGGUGAGUGGAUUGGACAGGAGCUGGCAAAGACCACCAGGUGUGGAAGCCAAACUUAUCAACAGUAAAUCUUCCAAUGGUUUCUACUACAUCGAGUACACCCUGCAAAGACCAGGGGAGACUCACAGAUACUUGUUCUCAGCGCUUGGAAUGGCAUCCAAUGGUUGGAUCAACAGGCUAUACACCAUCACUGGACAGGUAUUUAUAAAUGCUCAAGAUUUUGUGUUAAUUAGGUGGGGUUCGGGUGGGGAAAGGCUUCUAAUUGAUGGUUCAUUGGCUGGUUCCCUCUUGUGCUUUCUCAAUUACAUGAAUACUCAGACUAAAUUCAAUCUUUGUAGGGUUGCAUUUAUAUUGUUGAUGCAUAUAAAGUUUACUGGAGUAGCUGUGUUAAAGGGAUUCACGCUAGACAAAUGGUUCUGCGGCUAG